UCAACCCUAAUAAGAAGAAGAACUAGAAGAAGAAGGGUUUCGUGUUCUUCACAAAGUAAAGUUAUUUGAAAGAUGGCGGAGCACUUAGCUUCUAUAUUCGGAACGGAGAAGGAUCGAGUGAAUUGUCCUUUCUACUUCAAAAUCGGCGCUUGCCGUCACGGUGAUCGAUGCUCGCGUCUCCACACCAAGCCUAGCAUCAGCCCUACGCUUCUCCUUUCGAACAUGUAUCAGCGCCCCGAUAUGAUCACUCCUGGUGUUGAUGUCUAUGGAAUUUUACGAGGAUCUGUUUGAGGAGCUGAACAAAUAUGGUGAGAUUGAGAGUCUGAACAUCUGUGACAAUAUCUCUGACCACUUGGUUGGUAAUGUGUAUGUGCAGUUUCGAGAAGAGGAGCAAGCAGGAAAAGCGCUUCGUAAUCUUCAAGGAAGAUUCUAUGCAGGUCGUCCGAUCAUUGUUGACUUCUCCCCUGUCACCGACUUCCGUGAAGCUACUUGUCGACAGUACGAGGAAGAGACUUGCAAACGUGGUGGAUACUGCAACUUUAUGCACCUGAAAAGCAUUAGCAGUGGAUGGAGGAGGCAGUUAUAUGGAAGAUACAAAAACAGGCAUAGCCACAGCAGAAGUAGGAGUCCUUACAGGCAUCGUAGUCAUGAAGAUCGCUCUCAUGAAAGGCAUAGCCACAGUAGAAGGCAUGAGGUUGAUGAUGAUAGUGAAAGCCGUAGCAGGAGCAGAAGAUACAGGAGCAAGAGUCCUCGCCAUAGAAGAGGACGGAGGAGUAGGAGCAGAAGUAGAAGUCCUGGUGGAAGGAGACAGAGGAGUCCUGUUAGGGAAGGGAGUGAGGAAAGACGAGCCAGGAUUGAGCAAUGGAACAGGGAGAAAGGAGAGCAGGAAAUUGCAAAUAACAGGGCAAAUGAUAAUUGCAGCGAUGGGUACAUGAAGAAGGACGAUUAUCAUCAGGAGCCGUCCUUUCAACAGNCAGGAGAUUGA